AUGACAGCUCGCGGGCCUGUGGAGUUGCAUGACCUGCAUGGCAUGGCAGCAUACGCGGAUGCUGCUGUUCCAAACAACGCCCCUGUUACUGCUGCGACCACACCCCUGCUUAUGCCUUCUCGUGCCACUGCCAGCACGCCCCUGCUCAUGACAGCUCGCGGGCCUGUGAAGGAGCAUGACCUGCAUGGCAUGGCAGCAUACGCGGUGCAUUCGCAUCUGCUGUACCAGCUGGUGGGGAGGGACCCUGAAGGGAGAACAGCACGGAGUGAGUUCAAGGGGCUGCAUAUAGGCACGUUCCAACAGCACUUGCAGAACCAGUAUGGCACAUCGCUGCAUUACCCCGACCAACGUCUGUACAACAUAUUGCUGCAGCACCCUGACCAGCCUCUGUUCGCUGUGUGCCAGUUGAAGCCAGAGCUGCACAACGCACUGCUGCUGCGGCAGGCACCAAAAUGUCCCCCUUGCACCACCCUCCCUCCCUCCUCUCCCUUGCACCUCCCUCCCUCCCUCCUCUCCCUUCCACCACCCUCCCUCCCUCCUCUCCCUUCCACCACCCUCCCUCCCUCCUCUCCCUUCCACCACCCUCCCUCCCUCCUCUCCCUUCCACCACCCUCCCUCCCUCCUCUCCCUUCCACCACCCUCCCUCCCUCCUCUCCCUUCCACCACCCUCCCUCCCUCCUCUCCCUUCCACCACCCUCCCUCCCUCCUCUCCCUUCCACCACCCUCCCUCCCUCCUCUCCCUUCCACCACCCUCCCUCCCUCCUCUCCCUUCCACCACCCUCCCUCCCUCCUCUCCCUUCCACCACCCUCCCUCCCUCCUCUCCCUUGCACCACCCUCCCUCCCUCCUCUCCCUUCCACCACCCUCCCUCCCUCCUCUCCCUUCCACCACCCUCCCUCCCUCCUCUCCCUUCCACCACCCUCCCUCCCUCCUCUCCCUUCCACCACCCUCCCUCCCUCCUCUCCCUUCCACCACCCUCCCUCCCUCCUCUCCCUUCCACCUCCCUCCCUCCCUCCUCUCCCUUCCACCACCCUCCCUCCCUCCUCUCCCUUCCACCACCCUCCCUCCCUCCUCUCCCUUCCACCACCCUCCCUCCCUCCUCUCCCUUCCACCUCCCUCCCUCCCUCCUCUCCCUUCCACCACCCUCCCUCCCUCCUCUCCCUUCCACCACCCUCCCUCCCUCCUCCCCCUUCCACCUCCCUCCCUCCCUCCUCUCCUCCCUCCCUCCCUCCCUCUCUCCCACCCUCGCUUCCUUCCCUGCACCCCUCAGCUCCUGCGUGCCCUGGGAUGCCCCGGCCCUGCACCCUUGCUUCCUUCCCUGCACCUCUCAACUCAACCACCCCUUUCCACCCACCAACAUCCCUCCCUCUCCCAUUCCCCCUCUCAGCUCCUGCGCGCCCUGGGAUGCCCUGGCGUCGGCACCUACGAGAAUGACGUGAUUCUCGGUGACAGCUGUGUGCAGCUCGCCACAUCCUGCCACCUGUUCUCCACUCUGCUGCCACGUCAGCAGCAGGAUAACGGGCGUGUGCGUGAGCAUAAGCACAAGCAUGGGCAUGGGAACAAGAAUGGGAGCAACGGCUCAGCAUACGCUGGUAUUGCCUCGAUGCAAUCACAUGCACCACACAGCCAGUCGUCCCUACCACCAGCCCCCAACAGCCAGUCGUCCCUGCCACCAGUCUCCAAGAGACGUCCCACUGGGCCAUCAUACGUUGACUUGAAACGGCACUGCGUGAAGCUGGUCUCAAACAAGCACCUGGCAGCACGGGCAGUUAAAGCCGGAGUGCCCGCCCUCGUUCGCUGCAAGCCCUUCACACCCACGGAUUGGAUCGGCCCCCUAGUCCCUCCCUCGCACGCUGUGCUGCUUCUGGCUGACUCCCUCUCUCAUUCGCUCCUCCAACCACACUCCCCCUCACACUCUCGAGCUACCGCAUCUUCCCAGAAACUUCCUCCUAGCCCCAAAGCCCUUCUGGACUCCGCCUUUGCCUCGCUGGCAGCGGCACAGCCAGCAGCCAAGUCAGCGAGCCGUUCAGCCAAAAAAAGGCUGGCUGACGUGGCAGAGGCCUUGGUGGGCGCCAGCUGGCGGUGCGGCGGCGCUGACAUGGCGCUGCCGGUGCUGAGGUGGCUGGGCCUGCCUACGGAGGGCGUGGGGGAACUGUUGAGGGGAGAGACGGGGUGGAGGGGGAGAGAGGCGGAGGGGGUGGCAAAGAGAGGGGUGGUGGGAGUUGCAGCAAAGACAGAUAUGGCACUGGACGUGCCAUCAGAGGGCGUGGGCGAGCUGCUGAGGGGAGAGAUGGGAGCACGAGAAUUGGAGCAAAGGGUGAGUGGCAGCAAGCACGCUUGGGAGCCAACUAGACAGCCGUUGGAGCUGCAACUUGCGCCGCCAGAGAAGCGGCCUAAGCUGCUUGAAGGGGAAUGCGUGCAGCACCAGGAUGGGCAGCAGGAGGAACAGCAGCAGCAGCAGCAGCAGACUUUGCCCAGCUUCCUAGAACCUUCCACCGCCAGAACGAACCCCAGCAACAUCUGUGACGGUCCAUUCUCCUGCCGCCACGUCACCACAUGCCACGUCAUUGCACGCUGCCAUGCCAUCGCACGUGCCACGUCAGCGCACGCCACCCGGCCGUCCCCGCACCAGCUGACGAACCUGCGCAUGGUUGUGAACAACAUGAAGCGGUUUUGCCAGCUGGCGGUGUGCCGUGGGCUGCUGCGAUUGGUGCGCAACAUACGGCGGGCGGCGAAGGCUGCUGCUGCCGAUGCAGCUGACUUGGCACAUGUGGCUGCUUGGCAAUCGGGAAAGGAGGAGGAAGGGAAGGAGAAGGAGAAGGAUGGGGGGGAGGACGGGAAGGAGAAGGAGACGGAUGGGGAGGAGUACGGGAAGGAGAAGGAGACGGAUGGGGAGGAGUACGGGAAGGAGGAAGUGAAUUUCAGUAGAGAAGGCAUGGUUGGAUCACAGAGGAUGUUACAGCAGGCUGUAAUCGAGAGAGGGGAGGACGUGGGGAGAGGGGAGGACGUGGGGAGAGGGGAGGACGUGGGGAGAGGGGAGGACGUGGGGAGAGGGGAGGACGUGGGGAGAGGGGAGGCCGUGGGGAGAGGGGAGGCCGUGGGAAGAGGGCACAUGGGCAAUGGUGAUGACAUUGAUGAUGAACAGAAGCCGUUCCGCAAGGAAGUUCCUGAUCUUAUAGAGGCCCUCAUUGCAGCAGUCUUCCUCGACUCUACUCCUCCAAACACCCCUCGGACCGCACUCAACCCCCUUGCACAUCUUCAUCUCUCAUGCCCUCUCACCCGCACGUGGCAAGUGGUUUCUUCGUGGCUCUCCCCCAUCCCUCUGCUGCAUCCCCUCUCCCUCCAUCCCCCCUCCGCCCUGCUCCUCUUCUGCGGCGCCCUCGCCCUCCCCCCCCCUAUUUACUUGCCGUGGGGGGAGAGGGGGGGGCGGGAGAGGGGGAAAGGGAAAACGGAGGGGGACAGGAACGGGGAUGGUGCGUGGAAGGAUGAGGAGGGUGGGGAAAGGGACGGCGGGAUGGUGUGUGGGAGUGGUGUGAGAGAGAAAGGUGGGGAGCGGAAGGGAAUGGAAAAUGGGCUGUGUGAAAAUCGCUUGCGGAUGAGUAGAGGAGGAGGUGGAGGAGCAGAGGAGGGGGAGGUGGGGGUGGUUUUGGAAGUGGAGGUGAGAGGAGUGGUGCUGGGGGAGGGGUGGGGGGUGGAUGACGUGGCAGCAACGGUGGAAGCACCAGCUAGCGUGCUGAGGAGGGCCAAGACUGUGCAGGGCUUCCGGAAGCUGUACCAGGAGGCAGAGAAGGCACGGGCUGUGGGGCCUACGAGUGCUGCAUGGGAGACCCAAUCAGAGGAAGGCGAUAAGGGAGUGGAGGAGGGAGGAAAGGAGGAUGAAGCUGGGAAAGAGGCAGGAGGAGGAGAAGGUGUAGCAGGGAUGGAGGGAAUUGUGCCCGAGGGUUCUGUUAAGAAUGGAGGGAAAAGUGAGUGUAAUGGUGGGAAGUCGAAGGCAGGAGGAAAGAAGAGGAAGAGAGGCAAGUCAGGAAUGGGGGAGGCGGCAGCAGAUGCCAGGGCAGGAGCAAAGGCUGGAGGAAAGAAGAGGAAGCGAGGGAAGUCAGGAAUGGGGGAGGCAGCAGCAGCUGCUGGAGCAGAGGAAGGGGCGGCAGCAGCAGCAGGAGCAGUGGAAGGGGUGGAAGAAGCAGCAGCAGAAGCAGAAGGAGCAGGAGCAGUAAAAAGGGAGAUUUUGAUAGGUUUGGCCGCUCUGGACGCCCUAGAUGGGUUCCGAGGCUGUGUGCCAGGUCAGGCAGUUGUAACCACCCUGAAUAACUUCUGCCAGGCGCGGCAUUGGAUGGUUGUAUACCAGAGAGUAUCUCCUACUUCAAGGAGAAAGUCUGCUGUGAUUUGGAAUGGAUCCGCACAAGGUGGGCCCUUUGAGACGUCUCAAAAGUCUUCAAGGAGCAAGUCUGCUGUAGAUUGGAUGGGAUCCGCCCAAGGUGGGUCUACUGUUGGGUGCGCCUCUGCUUCGCCUGCAGCACCUGCUGCUCCUGCUCCUGCUCCUGCUCCAGCUCCUGCUGCUGCUGAUACUCCUGCUGCUGCUGCUGUUGCGCCUGCAGCGCCUUCUGCUGCUGCUGCUGCUGCUGCUGCUGCUGCUGCUGCUGCUGCUGCUGCUGCUGCUGCUGCUGCUGCUGCUGCUGCUGCUGCUGCUGCUGCUGCUGCUGCUGCUGCUGCUGCUGCUGCUGCUGCUGCUGCUGCUGCUGCUGCUGCUGCUGCUGCUGCUCCUGCUGCGGCUGCUGCUGCUGCUGCUGCUCCUGCUUCUGCUGAUGCUGUUGCUGCAGUUGCUGCUGCUGCUGCUGCUGCUCCUGCUGCUCCUGCUGUUGCUCCUGGUGCUGCUGUUGCUGCUGUUGCUGCUCCUGCUGCUCCUGCUGCUCCUGCUCCUGCUGCUCCUGCUCCUGCUGCUCCUGCUCCUGCUGCUGCUGCUGCUGCUGCUACUACUGCUGCUCCUGCUGCUACUACUGCUGCGGCUGCUACUGCUGCUGCGGCUGCUAUUGCUGCUGCUGCUCCUGUUGCUGAUGCUGCUGCUCCUGCUGCUGCUCCUGCUGCUGCUGCUGCUGGUGUUGGUGGGGAUGUGCCAAUGAAUGCUGGAUCUAGCAAUUGUGGUGUAAUCAACGGUGGUGAUUCAAGCGCUGGUUACUCUACCAGUGCUACUUGUGGUGGUGGCUGGGGGGCGGCUGGUGGUGGUUGGGAGGCGGCUGGUGGUGGUUGGGAGGCGGCUGGUGGUGGCUGGGAGGCGGCUGGUGGUGGCUGGGGAGCGGCUGGUGGUGGUUGGGAGGCGGCUGGUGGUGGUUGGGAAGCGGCUGGUGGUGGUUGGGAGGCGGCUGGUGGUGGUUGGGAGGCGGCUGUUGGUGGUUGGGAGGCGGCUGGUGGUGGCUGGGAGGCGGCUGGUGGUGGUUGGGAGGCGGCUGGUGGUGGCUGGGAGGCAGCUGGUGGUGGUUGGGAGGCGGCUGGUGGUUGUUGGGAGGCGGCUGGUGGUGGCUGGGAGGCGGCUGGUGGUGGUUGGGAGGCGGCUGGUGGUGGCUGGGAGGCGGCUGGUGGUGGUUGGGAGGCGGCUGGUGGUGGUUGGGAGGCGGCUGGUGGUGGUUGGGAGGCGGCUGGUGGUGGCUGGGAGGCGGCUGGUGGUGGUUGGGAGGCGGCUGGUGGUUGUUGGGAGGCGGCUGGUGGUGGCUGGGAGGCGGCUGGUGGUGGUUGGGAGGCGGCUGGUGGUGGCUGGGAGGCGGCUGGUGGUGGUUGGGAGGCGGCUGGUGGUGGUUGGGAGGCGGCUGGUGGUGGUUGGGAGGCGGCUGGUGGUGCCAGCUCUGAACCUGCUAGUGGCAACACUGGUGCUCCCAGGUAA